UAAAAAAUAUUUGUGAUAAUUUAACAUGAAGAAUUCUUUUUACAAAGAUUUGUUAAUACUUUAAGCGCAACCAAAGAUACCUUUUUUUAACUAAGAUUAGUUACAUGAAUUUCUAAACUAUCAAAAUAAAUAAUGAGUUAUGUUAGUGAUUUGAGCCAAUCUCAAGAAUAUUUAAGUUUUAGAAGCAACGUUCCUUUAAAACGGAUAGUAGUAGAUUCUGAUAAUUCCAAGGGUUGGCGAAUCUACGAUUGUGGUCCAAAGUCUGUUCGAUGUCCCUUGAUUUGUUUACCUCCAGUAUCUGGUACUGCUGAUAUAUUUUUUAAACAAGCUCUUACUUUGUCAGCAAAGGGAGUACGAGUUAUUUCAGCAGAAUCUCCAGUCUACUGGAAUGUACGUGAAUGGUGUGAAGGUUUCAAAAAACUACUUGACUAUUUGGACUUAGAAAAGGUUCACAUUUUUGGAUGUUCUUUAGGUGGUUAUUUGGCUCAAAAAUUCGCUGAAUAUACAGUCAAUUGUCCUCGGGUGGCUUCCUUAAUGUUAUGCAAUACCUUCACAGAUACCUCAAUAUUUAACAAUCAUGAUUCAGCUGCCAUGUUUUGGAUAUUACCUGCCUUAGUACUAAAAAAAAUGAUUAUGGGUAAUUUUGGUUCUUCAAAGGUUGAUCCAGAAAUGGUAGAAGCUAUAGACUUUAUGGUUGAAAGACUGGAAAGUUUAUCGCAAACCGAACUAGCUAGUAGAUUGACACUUAAUUGCCUUAGAGGAUAUGUGGAAGUUCACAAACUUAUAGAUCUACCAAUUACUAUAAUAGAUGUUUAUGAUGAAUCUGCCUUAUCGAACUCUGUUCGAGAGGAACUUUACAAAUGUUACCCAAGUGCCAAAUUAGCUCAUCUCAAAUCUGGUGGAAAUUUUCCUUACUUAAGUCGUUUCGGAGAAGUGAAUCUACAUUUACAGAUACACCUUAGACAAUUUGAUAAUUGUGCAUAUAGUGCUUCAGAAAAACCGUUGAUUAGUAAAAACUAGUACUAGUAAGUACUCGAAAGAAAGCUGUCUUUAUUAUUUACCUUUAUGUUAAUUGUUUAUAUUAUAACGAAUAUUGAGAUUAUAUAUGGAAU